AUGCAAAGGCUGAGACGAAAUGACCCACUUGGUGAUCCUUAUGUAUAUGCUUCAUUAGUUAAAGCUUGUAAUAAGUUUUCGGCUAUCCGAGAAGGGAAAUCGAUUCAUUGUUAUGUUGUUAGGCUUGGUUUAGAUUAUAAUGUGAAUAUCUUGAAUAGUUUAAUCCAUUUCUAUUCGUGUUCAAGGAGCUUGAUGAGCUUUGCAUGUGUUCUGUUUGAUAGAAUUCCUGAAAAAACUAUUGUUACUGUUAAUGGUUUGAUUUCUGGGUUCGUGAAGAAUGAGUUAUUUGAUGCUGGUUUGAAUUUGUUUAAACGAGUUCUAGUGUGUCUUUUCGGUUUGGACUUGAAGCCCAAUUAUGUUACUUUGGUCAUUUUGAUUUCUGGUUGUUUUGAGUUUGGAAGACUUGAUGUUGGAAAAACACUCCAUUCUUACUGUUAUAAAACGGGUGUGGGUUCGGUGACCGAGGCAUGUAAUGCACUCAUUGAUUUGUAUUCGAAGUUUGAGUGUAUGACUGAGGCAUCAUGUUUAUUCGAAGCAAUGGUUGAUAAAGAUUUGGUUUCAUGGAAUACUAUGAUUUCUGGUUAUGCUUCGGUUGGUGAAUACAUGACAGCUUUCACUUUGUUUAGAGAAAUGAGAACAAAGAAUAUUGCAUUUGAUAGAGUAUCCUUGAUUAGUUUGAUUUUGGCUUCUGGUCAUGGUAAAGAUCUUGAUUUGAUCAAAAUGGUUCAUGGUUAUAUCAUAGCUAGUGGAAUAGAGAUCACUCCACCUGUUGGGACUACUUUGAUUACCAUGUAUUCAAAAUGUGGAUCCGUAGAGUUUGCUAGAAAUGUGUUUUUCAAAGUACAAGAUGAAAACAUUGCUUAUUGGAAUGCUAUGGUUCAUGCGUAUGUUGAAUCUGGGCAUGAUCAUGAAGCUUUAGAAGUCUUCAAUCAGAUAAAAUUGAGAAAGCUAAAACCAGAUGAAGUAACAAUGCUAGGAGUAGUCUUAGCUUGCCGAAACUCUGGCAAUUUGUAUCAUGGCAUUGGCAUUCAUUCAUACAUUGAAUCUAGUUCUCAUCUCAAUCAAAGCAUUAUAUUACAAAAUGCUCUUAUAGAUAUGUAUGCAAAAUACGGAAACAUGGACCGAGCUAAGUUGGUUUUUGAUAAGAUGCCCAAAAAAGAUGUUGUAUCAUGGACUUCAGUUAUAGUAGGCCAUGCAAUCAAUGGUCAAGGGGAGGAAGCUUGUGUUGCUUUUAGGAGAAUGGAAGCUGAGAAAGUAGAACCAAACUCUGUCACAUUUCUUGGUGUUCUCUCUGCUUGCAAUCAUGCUGGUCUAGUUAAGGAAGGUCAAAACCUCUUUGAUUCUAUGUGCAAGUCUUACCAUAUUCAGCCAAAAAUUGAGCACUGUGGAUGCAUUAUUGAUAUGCUUGCACGAUCUGGAAGGCUAGAAGAGGCGUACAAAUUUGUAAAGAAUUUGCCUUUAGGGCCAAACGCAGUUAUCAGGAGGAUGUUAAUUAAUGCUUGUAAAGUUUAUCGUGAUUUUGAUAUAGGAUUGAGUUUGAUUGGAGGAUUAAAAAAUUCGUCACACGGUCCUGAAGAUCAUGUCGUUUCUUCCAAUUUGUUAGCUGAAGCAGGAAGGUGGGAUGGUGUUCUCAAUGAAAGAAGCUUGAUGGUGAAACAAAAAGUGAUAAAGGUUGCUGGUAAAAGCAUAGUUUCUGAUUUAACAGAAUGA